CAUGCAGAACUACCACUAGUUUUAGUCACUGGCUUUAGAAGUUAAAGAAUAGUUUUAAUCUUCUUUUAUUUGCAUAAAUGGAACCAUCUUGACCAAUUUGAUUUCAGGAUGUAGAAAAGAAAUUUCAGGAUUGCACCUCAAGGAUGGAACCAUCUCAGUGUUUCUUUGCACAUGAGAUUAUUAAGAACAUAGACACCCCACUCUUUAUUCUCAACCCAGCAUACGAUGUUUGGCAGAUACAACAUAUAUUGGCUCCAGAAUCAUCUGAUACUCAACAAUCAUGGCAAAGGUGCAAGCUGAACAUUCACAAUUGUGAUUCCAACCAGAUUGAAUCUCUCCAAGGAUUCAGGGUUGCCUUGCUUAAUUCCUUGAGUGAUUUUCAGCAUAACAGGAAUGGGGGCAUGUUUAUAGAUUCUUGCUUCAUACAUUGUCAGACAAUAAGCAAUAUCACAUGGCACUCUCCAAAUUCUCCAAAAAUUAAUAAUAAGACUUAUAAAUUAUAAUUGUGCAGACAUGAGGAAGAGCAAAGGGAAAGCAACAGGUCCACUGAUUGUUCUUUACUUUGAUUGGAUUUGUUGACAUUUAUAUUGUGAAAUAACUAUAACUUUUUAUUGUUGUGCAG